GGAAAAGUAAAAUGGCGUCUACAGAAUUAGACCGAGCACCAUGUUAGCGUGUCAUCGUUUAUUGCUGAAAGUAGUGUCCAGUCUAAUCGAAACUCUCAUGCUGUCAAAAUGUACCGAUUAUGGUUAAACUUUUUUUUACUGUCAUUAGUUUCUUGUGUAACGUCACAAAAUAAUUUCCCUUUGUCGUUCCGUAAUGCCAAACAUGAACACGUGGCAAAAAAUUUAUCGAAUACUCAAAUUCAAAGUCUCGCUUCAUUGUCAAAUGUAUCGCAUGUAGAGGAGAUUUUAAAUGAAAUUUGUAUUGUCAGAGUCGUUGGUAGUUUAAAUCAUGCUAAAGUUAAAAAUUAUAUAAAAAAAACGAUGAAAAAUCUUGGCUGGAGUAUAGAGAGAGACGAAUUUUAUGAUGUGACCCCAACAUUCGGAAAAUUAAAAUUUGAAAAUAUAAUAGCAACAUUAAAUCCGAAUGCUAAGAGAUAUUUAAGCUUAGCUUGUCAUUAUGACUCGAAAUAUACCAGAGAAGGUAACUUUGUUGGAGCUACAGACAGUGCAGUACCUUGUGCUCAAUUAAUAAACUUGGCUACUGUUAUGAAAAGUCAAUUGGAACCACUCAAAAAUGCUGAUUUAAGUUUAAUGUUCAUAUUCUUCGAUGGAGAAGAAGCAUUUGAUACAUGGGGACCCAAAGAUUCAAUUUACGGUGCUAGACAUUUAGCUGAUAAAUGGCACUCUGUUAAACAAACUUAUGGAGAAGAAAAUGAUAUCAGUAAUUUAGAUAAAAUGGAUGUUUUAGUACUUUUGGAUUUACUGGGAGCACCAAAUCCAAAUUUUUACAAUUUUUUUGACAAUACCGCGCGUUGGUAUUCUCAAUUAAUUUUAGCAGAAAAUCGCCUCCAUGAAUUGUCGCUAUUAAAAAAUUACGACGGUCAUAUUCCAUCACGAAAAUAUUUCCAGCCUCAGUCUGUGUCAUCUUACAUCGAAGAUGAUCAUAUUCCAUUUUUAAAAAAAAAUGUACCAAUUCUGCAUUUAAUACCGCACCCAUUUCCGGAUGUGUGGCAUAAACCCAGUGAUAAUUUAAAAAAUAUCGAUCUAACGACAACGGAAAACUUGAACAAAAUUAUACGAGUAUUUGUGGCAACUUAUUUUGGGCUUAGUGUAUAAUACACUAGAGCUUUAAAAUUGUUUUAAGUCAAAAACAAAAACUUAAUUAUACUUAAUUUUUAAUUUAAAAGUCUUGUUGAUUUUACUAUUUUUAAAUAAUUAUAUUUAAAUACCAAUUGUUGAUAAAUUAAAGUUAUUUUAUUUCAAUUUUAUACAAUCAUGUAAAUAAAAUAUUUAUACUAAAACUACUCUAA